UCUUCUCAUUACAAAUAUAGCAAGCUAUGGCAGAUGUGAAACUACUUGGAUUUUGGUCUAGUCCUUUUGUUCAUAGAGUUAUAUGGGCUCUAAAAUUCAAAGGCAUAACCUAUGAUUAUAUUGAACAAGAUAGGCAUACUAAAAGUCAACUACUCCUUCAAUCCAAUCCUGUUUACAAGAAAGUUCCUGUUCUCAUUCACCAUGACAAAGCCAUAGCUGAGUCUCUUGUUAUUCUUGAGUACAUUGAAGAAACUUGGCCAGACAAUCCAUUGCUCCCAAAAGAUAACUAUGAGAGAGCUUUAGCUCGAUUUUGGAUUAAAUUUGGAGAAGAUUCGAUUGCUUCUAUAACUGAUUUGUUUCUCCGACCUUCAAAAGACGAAAAAGAAAGAGCUAGUGCAAUAGAAAAGGCACAAGAAACACUCGAAAUAAUGGACAAGCAAGGGCUAGGAGAGAAGAAGUUUUUUGGAGGCAAUAAUAUUGGAAUGGUGGACAUUACAUAUGGAUGCCUUAGUCAUUGGUUAGAAGGGUUGGAGGAAAUUGUUGGGAUGAAAUUGAUCGAGGCAGACAAAUUUCCUAGGUUGCAUGCAUGGAUUCUAAAUUUUAAACAAGUUCCUUUGAUUAAACAAAAUCUUCCUGAUUAUGGGAAACUGUUGCUCCAUCUUCAAUGGCGCAAGCAAGAAUAUAUUAUAUAAUUUCAUCAAUGUGAGAAAAGUUGUGUGGGAGAUUAAGAAAAAAACGUUCCUCUCAAAAUAAAAAUAAUUAAAAGUCUUGUUUCUACAUAAACAUAGAUUAAUUUGGGAAGAUGUGUGCUACAAAGUUGCUUUUAAUAUGUCAUCGUGUUGAGUAUGAGAUUUGAUUCCUACAAUGUUUUGAUUGGGAUCUCAAAUUGAGAGAAUCUAUAAAAAAAAAAAAAAAAAAGUUUAUGUUUAUAUUGUUAA